AUGUUUGGAAUAAGGAUCAGUAGGACUGCGAUACCCAGCAGAUCCAAUUUUAUAAGACCUCUUUUUCAAAGAUUCAAUUCCACAACUUCAACAACUUUCCAACCACUUCAUCCAGCUUUGAUUAAAAGAGCACAACAAUUAACACAAGAAUUGAAAGAUCUUGAAGCUUCAUUGGCAGAUGGUGGUCAUUUCGAUAUAAACCAACAAAAGAAAUAUUCAAGAUUAAGCAUGGUUGUUGAUAUCUAUAGAGAUUAUAGUGAAAAUGUAACAUUAUAUGAAGAAUUACAAUUAUUAUUAGAAGAUGAAUCAUUAAAAGAUGAAGCUGAACAAGAAAUCGAGACUACUUUACCAAAAUUAGUUGAAUUAGCUGAUAAAUUAAAAUCCAAACUAUUACCACCACAUGAAUUUGCUGAAAAAGCUUGUCUUUUGGAAUUAAGACCAGGGGUUGGUGGUAUUGAAGCUAUGAUUUUCACUUCUGAAUUAUUUCAAAUGUAUAUAAAUUAUGCUAAUCAUAAGAGAUGGCAAUAUAGUGUUGUUUCCAAAUCUAUGAAUGGGAGUGGGAAUGGUAUUCUGGAAGGGAUUUUAAGUAUUGAUGAACCUGGUUCUUAUGAUAAAUUAAGAUUUGAAUCUGGUGUUCAUAGAGUUCAAAGAAUUCCAGAAACUGAAACAAAGGGUCGUUUACAAACUUCCACUGCUGGUGUUGUUGUAUUACCACAAAUGAGUGAUAAUAAUCAAUCUGAAGAUGCUGAUGAACGUGUGUUUGCUCAAGGUGAAGUUCGUAUUGAUGUUAUGAGAUCAAGUGGGAAAGGUGGUCAACAUGUUAAUACCACUGAAUCAGCUGUUAGAUUAACACAUAUCCCAACAGGUAUUACAGUGUCAAUGCAAGAUGAAAGAUCACAACAAAAGAAUAAAUCAAGAGCUUUUGCUGUUUUAAGAUCAAGAAUUGCUGAAAAGGAAAGAGUUGAAAGGGAAGCUGCUCAAAGAUCAUUACGUUCAGAUCAGGUCUCCACUACGGAUAGAUCUGAUAAGAUAAGAACUUAUAACUUCCCACAGAAUAGAAUCACUGAUCAUAGAUGUUCAUACUCAUUACACGAUGCUCCUGGUGUUAUGAGAGGUGAAAAAUUGGACUUGUUGAUAGAUGCUUUGGAGAAACAUGAAGGUCAAGUGAGAAGUAAAGAACUGGAGAACAUGGAGUCAUAG